AUGGGUCGUCGACCAGGUAGAGCUGCUGCAAAGCACGCAGCGGCAGCAUUGAAAAACACCCCCCAAUACGACGAAGCCGAAGAGGAUGAGCAAAUGCAAGAUGCGCCCACGCCAGAUGCCAGUAGCCCGCCACAAGAUGCGGAAGACGAUAACGAAGAUGAAGAAGGCACACCCGCCCAAGAAUCCGAACCUGCAUCCGCGCCCGCGACACCCGCUCCCGAACCAGUUGUGCGCAAACGACGACUCGGUCGACCACCGAAGAACAAGCCUCCAGAUUGGGAUGCUGAUCGCGAUGAAGCACGCUCUGAUGCUGGGACACCCAGACGAGGUCGCGGUAGAGGAGGAUUCGGAAGAGGUGGUGGACGAUGGGGAAAACGGGGAGGUGGUCCUUCGCAUGUCACACAACAACCUAUAGAUAAGGAAGGAAAUAUGGUUGAUGUGGUUGAUGAUGAAGUGGAAUUGCCUGAGGAUCCUGCUGGUGAGGAGAAAGUCGACAAGUUUGGUAACCUUCAAGGUGGCCGCGAAUAUCGGUGCAGAACUUUUAGAAUGCCUAAUAGAGGUAAACGUCUUUACAUGUUGUCGACCGAACCAGCCAGAUGCGUGGGCUUUCGAGACAGCUAUCUAUUCUUCACCAAGCACAAGCGGCUAUACAAGAUCAUCAUCGACGAUGACGAGAAGCGGGAUAUGAUUGAGCGCGACCUCAUUCCACAUUCUUACAAAGGACGUGCUAUUGGUAUAGUGACGGCAAGAUCAGUGUUCCGUGAGUUCGGUGCGCAGAUAAUAGUUGGGGGGAAAAGGGUCAUUGAUGAUUACGAGGAGGCGAAGGCCAAAGCAGAUGGUAUCACAGAAGGAGAGCUUGCUGAUCCUAAUGAUAUUAUCAAAGAGGGCGAGGAGUACAACAAGAACCAAUACGUGGCAUGGCAUGGAGCAAGUUCCGUCUACCACACCGGUCAACCUACGGUCCCAUUACAGACAGGCAAGGUAGUUGAUGGCAAAAAGCGCCGGAUUAUGGUCAACGAUGUGAAUUGGAUGUUAGAACACGCUCGAGAAGCAAGCCGCUUCAACUCAGGCCUCGCCCUCCAACGCAAAGCAAUCCUCAACGGCAUCUACGACCCCCACACAAACAUAAUGCAAUACCCCAAAAUUAUGCAACCCACCCACGCAAAAUGGAUCCAAAUCAACGACCACUCGCCCCCGUCCGACGCACCCUCAGACACCAUAUUCACACCCGUCGACCCCAUCAUCUCCCGUAACUACAUGGUCGUAGACACCGUCUACGAAUCCGCCCCGGCUUCUAAUCUUGGUGUGCCUGGCCCCGACGGAGCGGUAUACGAUAUUGGGUUUAACGGCCUGGAGGGUGUGUCCGAGGAUAUCAAGGCAGAGUUGCCCCCGGAGUGUUUGAAGGCUUUUGAGGAGGCGGUGGGGAAGGAGAGGGUGUGGAAGGAGAGUUGGGGGAGUGAGGGACGGGAUGGGGCGAGGAGGGCGCCGAAGAUUGAUAAGGGGCCGAUGGUUUGA